AAAUGAGCAGGCCCAGGUCGCACACACGGGACGACCCGGCGGCGCAGCCACUCAGCGGCGGCGGCGGCGGCGCGAGCUCUGUCUGUCUCCGGGGAGAAGCUGCAGCGGCGACUCCGUGCGUUGAAAGUGGGGUGUGCCCAACUCUGCUUUCGGGGAGUGGAGCUCGUCUUGGUGCGGCCGCCGGCGCCGGGGGUGACCACUCCAGCUUUGCUCCGGCGACCUCCCCAGGUACAUCAGGUGAGGUCCGCCAUGUCGGCCUUCACCGGCGUCUCUAUCUCCGGCAGCAACAGGCAGUGCUUCUGCGAGACGUCCGCCGUGGACGCCCGCGGGGACAGCGGCUACCACCUGCUCAUGGUCAGCAGCUACACGCGCACCAAACAGCUCAUUCCCACCGGCGAGGGCAUCACCGCCGGUCCUUUCAAUGUAGGAGGCCACGAUUGGAUGAUUGAGUACUACCCCAACGGCGAGAACCCCAGCUUCGCCGACUUCAUCUCGCUCUUUCUCACCUUUCACUACGACGCCGACACCGAUGAGGGAGACCCCGUGGAGGUCAGGUUCAGUUUCAGCCUUGUCGAUCAGGUUGAGAAGCAGAUGGCGAUGCACAUUCGUGGAACCGGUGAGACUCGCGACUUCUCCACCGCUACUCCAAUCUGGGGCAACGACAGGUUCAUGAGAAGAGACGCCGUUGAACACUCGGCAGAUCUCAAGUGUGAUUGUCUCACCAUCCGUUGCGACGUUGUGGUCGUCCGCAACAGCAAGCUUGAUGAUGAUGAUGCCAGUGGCCCUGGUCACAGCACCAAGGCGCUCUUGUUGCCGGACAUACACCAGCAUUUCAACAGUUUACUUCAAAACAAGGUCGGUGCCGAUGUGGCAUUCCAGGUCGGGGGCGAGACCUUCGCCGCACACCGGUGUGUGCUCGCUGCCCGAUCCACGGUGUUCAUGGCACAACUCUUUGGCCCCAUGAAGGAGGCGUCGUCCAACCGUGUCAUACAGAUCAAAGACAUGGAACCAAAGGUGUUCACGGCUUUACUUAGCUUCGUCUACACAGACUCGUUCCCUGACAUGUACGUGGACAACAUUAAGUUGAGUGAAAUAUGCAAAGAUACGGGACAAGGACAAGAAUGUCGUGUGCAGUGUCGUGUACAGUAAUGUCGUGCCUUCCCUACCAUCUAAAAGCCUUUUCUAAUGAUUAUCAAGAAGACCAAAUGUAGAUUUUUUUGGGGAAGGCAUUUUAUGAACCAGGAUUUAGGGGAAAGAAAUUGGAUGACAGGACAUAGGUACCAAGAUUUCUGGUAACAGCGGUAGUGAUCCAGUACUCAGGAAUUAGUCUUAUUCUGGGUGCUUGCUGAUGAAGUCCUGUGAGAGGAAGGUUGUAGCUCGGGGAUCCUGUGAAGUCCAAAGUUUUAGCUUUGCUCUGUACUCCAAAAAAAAGGACUUCCAUUCUCUUGUAUUCUGAAGUACAUAUGAUGAAUGAUAUCAAUUCUGAUGAUGAUAAGCUGGGGAGACCUGUGGGGUGCAUGGACAAUGGCUAUACUUUUUCUUCACACUAUAAAUAUCUUUUUCAUGAUAAGCUUGUCACUGGAGACAGACAAGUUAGUUAUUAGGCAACAAGUUGAUGGCAAAACCUGCUUGCUUUUCAAUGUUUUAUCUGAAUGUUUUAUUUGAAUGUGUGAUUUGUAGGCAUCCCUGAUCUGAGUUAGCCAUUACUCUGAAUUGUGUAUGAUUUACACACACGAUGCUGACGCGUGUUUUCUGUCAGUCAUUCAUAUGGUCCUGGCAUCCACUGUUGCAUUUACAUCUUUACCUGAGCAUCUUACUGUCCGUGACCAUAGUAUGUGUCUUGCUUUUAAUUUUCUCAUCAUGUAAAUUGCCUAUACGCUGAAUCAGAAAAAAAAAAUCCAACAUAUGGCUAGAUUGUCUCGUCAUAGAAUGGAUGGUCUGUAAAUUCUGGUGCGAGAGUCAAGAGUGGUCUGCAUUGCAGUAAUGUGCAAGUUUAUAAACUAGUCAUUUUAUAUUUCUGUGUGCAUUGUGUCGUAUAUUGUAGCUAUUGCCUUGCCUGUCAUUUAAAAACCCUUUCUAGUGGUUAUUAUCAAGAAGAACAAAUGUAGAUGUUUUUGGAGAAGCAUUUUAUGAAGCUGGAUCUAGGGAAAAUAAUUUGGAGGACAAGACAGAGGACACCAAGAUUUCCUGUUACCCCCAUAGUAGUAUUUAAUCUUCAGAUAAUUUUUUUAGUUUUUUGUGGGGGACAAGCCUGAAUUAACAUUUUGUUGAAGUUGUGAUAUCUGGACAUCCCUAGUGUGAGUAGCCCUGGCUCUGAAUUAUGUAUGAUUUACACGAUGCUGAUGCGUGUUUUCUGUCAUAUCAGCCAUUCAUAUGGUCCUGGCAUGUACUGUUGUAUUAACAUCUUUACU